AUGGAGCCGGACCACGUUCCACCACCGCCACCUGUCAUUGGAGAUGAAGCGUUCCUGCGGCUUGACCUACUCGAAAUGACAAACAUCCCAAGGUAUUGGACAUCGGUGUUGAGUCUUGGAACAGGAGCGUUCGGAGAGAUUCAUCUGGUUCACUCGGAUCAGUUGGAUGCCAGAGGAGAGAACAUUAUUCAUAAUGAGUUCGUCCUCAAAAUAGUGAAACUUCCAUCGAGUGAGUUGGUCAAUGUAGUGAGAGAAGUGGAAAUGCAUCGGCUGUGUCGGAAUCAUCAGAAUGUGCUUUUUGCUGGCGUGAGCUAUUGCCAGCAAUAUGGAGAUGGGUAUCGAGUUCAAAUGUGUUUGGAAUACGCUGCAUUGAGCGAUAUGGGUUUGUUUUCAAUAAAAGAAAAAGAGGAACGUCACAUUGCCUUCGUUUGCAAACAGGUAAUAAAUGCUCUCCAACACAUUCACACACUUCGAGUUGUUCAUGGAGAUCUCAGCAUCAGGAAUGUUCUAACCACCCACAGAGGAGUUAUCAAAAUUUCGGACUUCGGAAUGGCUGACACAUUAGAAAAUACGACCCGACGAGGACAAGUCACAUACCGAGGAACCCCGGGAUUUAUUGCACCAGAAGUAAUUAGUAUGACAGGAUAUGAUACAAGAGCGGAUAUGUGGAGUCUUGGAAUCCUUGCGUUGUUUCUCUCAACUGGAAAAAAUCCGUUUCAGCAAGGAAUACUUUUUGACUUUCAAACGUAUCGCCGACUAAUAGCAGAAGAGUUCUACCCCGACCUGGACCCGCUGAAUCUUUCAGAUGAUUUCUAUAGUUUCAUCACCGAUUUGAACCAUUAUGACCCUGCGGAGAGGUGUGAUGCUUGGGAGAUCUCCACUGACAACUUUAUCAAAACAAGCUGUACACAGCAGGAAUUCUUGGAUCACUAUAAACAAGUCAGAACGAGAUAUGGAAUGGAUCUUCCGUUUCCAGAUGAUUCUCAGCCGUUCUCGGUCCCCACAGUACGAGAGUAA